AGCAUCUACCCUUUUUUUUCAAAGCGAGAGCUAUUCCGCAUAGGAGAAAGCAAAAGAAAAUCUUCCGACAAAAAGCAGUAAAAGUUGGUGAAGAAUAAAAAUUCCCAGUGUUUUGAUGCAAUUUAUUCAGAUAAAUAGGAGUGAGUUUUUCCUUGUUUCCAUCAAAGGCGUCGCAAGUGAUACGAACGGAACGGCACCAGCUCUUGCGGAAGAACAAACCAUCAGUGAAUUCUUGCGCUUGUAAGGGUGCCUCGUAUUCAGUGCCACCGCGAAAGGCCGCAGGAGGAGCCUGUUUUUUUUUCUGGUGAAACGUAACGCAGAAAAUCGUCAAAAUUAACGCAGAAUCGAGAGUACGUAAGAUGUCCCUCAACACGGACUCACCGGAUGCGAAAAAGCCUUGCAAAGGCAUUUUGAAGUCAUCCAGCAGCUUCGACAAGCACACGACCCAUCAAUCCGGUGCUACUUCGGUCAGCAGUCACCGGAAAAGUGCCAAAUUUGACGAGCUGAAUGUGCUGCAGACCUAUCAUCCGCCAGAUAAGGACUACGGGCACAUGAAGGUGGAUGAACCGAAAACCCCGUUCAAUUAUGCCGAGCAACAUGACAUUGACCAGCUGGAUGCUGAGCUGCUCGCGGAAAAGCUUCGCGUGGCCGCCGAUCGCCCGGACGGCAUUUCGGACGACGAUGAGGAAUCUUCCGAAGAGGAAGAACAGCUGACCGAAGAGCAGAAAAAGAAAAAGCUGGAGUUUGAACGUCGCCGGAAAGCGCACUACAAUGAGUUCGAGGCCAUCAAGCUAGCCAGGAAGCUGAUUGAAGAGGAACAUGAGGACGACGAUGAUGACGAUGACGAUGACGCCGAUGACGCGUCACAGUCGCAGGCAUCGGCCCUAGCAACCAGCAAUAAAAGUAACGACGGACAGCAAAUGGAGGUUGAGUGUCCGGAGGAUGUCGAAAGGAAGAACGGGGUCGGCACAAGCACACCACAUACGGCAGUGGCUUGCGUGAUGGUCACGAAAUGUGGAUCGGAUCGUGAUUCGGAUCAGAUUGAAACGACCGUUUCGUCACGGCAGACCACCCGGAAGUCCGUUAUUUCUUCUAUCUUGAUCAUUUCGGUUGUUUUAACGAUUUUUUCCAUGUUUUGUGCAAGGUUUCUGUUCCAUCUGUUCUGACUUCCGACGGUUGUUGGGUUAGCAUUUUUUUUGUUAUCCUUUUCGAUGGGGGAGGGGGUAAAAUUAUAGCUGAGUGACUGACUCAAUUUCAUACACAGCGAAGAAAAAAUAAACGAAACCAGCAGUGAGCAGCGGAAUUCGGUUUGAAUUCAAAGCAAAUUAAAAUCGUAAAAUCGGAAACCUUGAAAAACCUCAGUUUUUAGCAAUAAUUACAAUAGACUAGAAGAGCAGUUGGUAUUUUUAUAUUCAAUAUUCCUCUAUUAUUGACGAUCUGAUCUACUUCUUCCAUCUGAUUUACCGUUCAGUUGUUUCUCAUACUAGAAAAAAAAACAAAAACAAAAAGAUUUCAUCGCAUUUUAGACUUACGAAUGGUUUUAAGCAAAACUACAGAGAAUAGUUCCUUUUGCAAUUGUUGUUAUGAUAUUGAGAUUUCCGGUUGAGUCGCAGUAUUCUCGGAGGGAAUGAUGAAUGCGAGCGACUCUUCGUCGUCCCACCUUGGUCCGUGUGUUUUUACCAACCAAAACCUGCUUACCGACACUGUUGCUUAAUGAUGAUGACGAUCCUGUUGUUUGUGGAGCUUGAGCUUUACGUUUUACUUUAUUGAUCGGAAGACUUUCGUUUGUUCCGGUAUUUUAUCAUCAAUACCGGAAGCUACACACUCAGUCAGCCAAAACAAUGUUUAAACAAAUGAUAGUUGAUGCAACUGAACAAAACACAAGUAAGCGAAGCAAUCCAAAAAAAAAAAAAACAAUUUACUAAUGCACUGUAACGUUAUAUAAAAAGUGGUUAUAUUCAUUAGAACAACAAAAAAAUCCAAGCAAGUCGUAUAUUACUAAAACCAUAGAAUAUAAAAUAAACUUAGUAAUAAGCAAACCAGCAUAAAAAUAAAGAAAGAUAAAAAGUUAAAAAAAAACAAAGCAUUUCGAUACUUCACACGUCUAGCGAUGAACCCGAAAGCGAGUAAUCAAAAUUAGGACGAAACUAUCAUUAGAAGAAUCAAAAUCACAUUCAGUUCCAAAACGCCAAAAGCCUCUCUAGCCGUAGCAAAAAAAAACUCAUGCUUUCGAUUACGUACCUUCUCCAGGUUAAACUUCCGUUGAUCGUUUAAGAAUCUAUCAAGAACUGCCUAUCCGCAAAAAAUAUGGGAAAAAAACUCCGAAUUAUUAGGGUAAAGAGAGAGAAAACAAAAAAGCAAAUGCAUCAUGUCUUAGCCGUAGUCGUCGUCGUCAUCGUAGUCGCGUAGUCGUGCUUAUAAAUGCCAAUAGAACGAAACAAAAUGGAUUUGUGACAACUAACAAAAGUGUGAGAUUUUUACCCUACGAGCAGAGUGGAUUAGAAAAGGUAGAAUUUUAACGUUAACUAAUUUAUUACACAUACACACAAUACAUACAUUUUCUAGGUCUUUCUUUUGUUUUUAAAUGGAAAGACAUAUGAAGCGGAAAGCCUAUAUAUUUUAUUUUUUAAACGUCUAUUGAAUCUGGUUAGUUGCAGAGGCGAGUAUAAGGGAGUGUAUUUUAGGGCCUUCUAGAGUGCGUCAGGCAGAGCAGAGUCUUUUCUCGCUGACGGUGACCGGUGAGAAACACACUGAUAUUGGGUGAAUAAAACUUAUACUAGAAUCGAUAGUGAUAGUAUUUGCUAAUCGAGAAGAAUUGUGAGAUAUUUGAUUAUUGCCGAUAACAAAUAAUGGUUAUAAACUAGAGGAAUCCUAACUAUCGAAUAUUGAAAAAUAAAAUUUAUGAAGAUGUAACAA